AUGUCCCCGCUGUGCGCCCUGCUGCUGGCCCUGGCCCUGGUGGCCGUCCCCGGCAUCCGAGCCGCCUGCCCGCUGCCCGCCGACCUCAAGAGGCCGGACGGGACGCGCACGUGCGCCAAGCUCUACGACAAGAGCGACCCCUACUACGAGAACUGCUGCGGGGGCGCCGAGCUGUCGGUGGAGCCGGGCACCGACCUGCCCUUCCUGCCCGCCGACUGGAACAACGCCGCCUCCUCGCUCGUGGUGGCCCCGCGCUGCGAGAUCACCGUGUGGUCCCUGCGCGGCAAGGCCGGCAAGACGCGCAAGUUCUCGGCCGGCGCCUACCCGCGCCUGGAAGAGUUCCGCAAGGGCAUCUUCGGAGACUGGUCCAACACCAUCGCGUCGCUCUAUUGCAGCUGGACCGUGAAGCAGCAGUGUGUGGAUCUUAUGGCCGAGGGCCUCUGGGAGGAGCUCCUCGACGAUGAGCAGCCAGACAUCACAGUCAUGGACUGGUACGAGGACAGCCGGCUGGACACGUGUGUCUACGAGCUGCACGUCUGGCUGCUGGCAGCCGACCGCCGCACGGUCAUCGCGCAGCACCAUGUGGCCCCCCGGGCCUCCGGGAGAGGCCGCCCCGGUUGCUGGAUCCAGGUGUCCCACGUGUUCCGCCAGUAUGGCCCUGGCGUGCGCUUCGUCCACUUCCUGCACAAGACCAAGAACCGGAUGGAGCCUGGGGGGCUGCGGCGGACGAGGGUGACGGACUCCUCCGUGUCCGUGCAGUUCAGGGAGUGA